AUGAAGCCCAGCAGCCCCGAGACCCCCGUCCGCCUGCGCUGCCCCUGCGGGCCCGUCACCGCCUUCGUCCCCUGGGACGGUCACCGCAGCGGCAACCCCGUCCGCUUCCACAGCGUGCCCGCCUUCGACGCCGCCACCGACUUGGCCAUCGACGUCCCCGGCCACGGGAAGGUGGUGGUUGACAUUGGCUAUGGUGGCACUUUCUAUGCCUUCCUCAGUGCCCAGCAGCUGGGCCUCGAUGUCUGCUCUUCCAACACCAGAGACCUCGUGGGUGCAGCGAGCGCCGUGACCGAGGCAGUGAAGGAGCAGUUCAAGCUUCAUCACCCCGAGAGCGAAGACCUGGCGUUCCUCUACGGCACCAUCCUGACAGAUGGGAAAGAUGCCUUCAGUGAGGAGCCCACCACCAACAUCUGUGUGUUUGCAGAUCAGCAGGUUGACCGCAGCCCGACAGGCUCAGGGGUGACAGCUCGCAUCGCCCUGCAGUACCACAAGGGGCUCAUCCAGCUGGGUCAGACCAGAACCUUCCGCAGCAGUACCACAGGGUCCUUGUUCACUGGGAAGGCAGUGAAGGAGGCCAAGUUUGGGGACUACAGUGCUGUGGUGGUGGAAGUCUCGGGUGAAGCCUUUUACACCGGCACAGCCACCUUCACUGUCGAGGAGGAGGACCCGCUGAAAUACGGCUUCUUCUUCAGUUAUGGGAAGAGAAUGGUAGGUGGAACCAACCGGGAGCGCUACCUGAAGCGGCACGACGGGCCCCCCGGCAGCGCCCCGGCCUCCUCCAGCCCUGCCAGCGGGGGAGAGGCGGCCAUGUGGGCCUGCAGGAACCCCGCCGUGCUCUUCUGCCGGGACGGGCACCCGGACACCGCCUCCGAGGCCGCCUUGCAGGGCAAGAAGGACGCUGCCAACACCAGCCUCUGA